UGAAACUCUUUAUAUCUUAAUAUACGAGGAAGAGGAUGGCAGCGAUUUCCAGUCGGUUCGACUUGUUUAUGCAAAUUGCUAAAAGUCAAAUGCAUAUCCCGAAUAUUUGAUGUAGCGAGGGGAACGCUGCUAAAAGGGAGGGGAACACCCCUCAUUCGUGGAAAAUGGAGCAUUGUGGUUUACAGGUCUAAAAUGGGAACAACCGCCUCAUUCUCUCUCUUUAAGGUAGCCUCAUCUGCAAAAGUCAAAAAACCCAGUCCAAAGGUACACCCACAGCCCCCCGCCGUGCAGCCGAGCCCUGUCUUUGGAGUGUCCCUGGAGAGGCUGAGGGAGACAGGACGGGUGGCGUGUGGCAUCCCCCAGGUCCUGCGACACAUGGUGGAGUUCCUGGACAAACACGCUCUCCAGCAGAGGGGGCUGUUCCGGCUCAGUGGCUCAGUGGUGAAGACCAGCCAGCUCAGGGCCAGGUGGGACAGUGGGGAGACCGUGGACCUGAAGGCAGAUGUGGAUGUCCAGACUGUUGCCUCCCUACUCAAGCUUUUUCUGAGAGAGAUACCCCAGGCUGUCAUCCCAGAUCCCCAGCACACUAAGAUGGUCUGUGCUUUCAGAGGGUGUAUGGACAAGGCAGAGUUAAACUGUAUCCUGAAGGACAAUUUGUGCAGCCUACCUCAAGACAAUUACAGCAUUCUCUCUUACCUGUUUGACUUCCUGUUGAGAGUGGCCUCCCACAGUGAAGCCAAUCAUAUGUCUGUGGAAAACCUGGCCACAGUCUUUGGACCUUGUCUAUUCCAUGUUCCCCACAGUCCGAGCAUGCUUGAAGAGCAGUCAGUGUGUAACGCCCUGGUGUGUCAUUUACUAAAGAAUCAUUCCUACCUGCUGAGCCACACUCUCGACACGCCAUCACCUCCCCCAGUGAUGUUAGCGCUGUCAGCCUCAGAGGAGAGGGCAGAUGACCAUGCCCACGUGACUCAGGACUGCGUGUGUUUGCUCCCGGGGGAAACAGCUGAGCCCAAGGCCACAGCGGUGAUACAGGUGGCAGGUGCAGACCCGCCCCACCUGGUCCAGACACCCUCCCAGCGCACCAGGGACCCUGAAGCUGUUGAGUUUACCCAGGAGGACAGCCCUCAUGUCACUGGGCACUGCCUGAUCCAGGAGCAGCUCCAUAUCCUGAGGCAGCAGGAGGCUGAGGGUACUCCACAGUCAAUGGCUGAAGAAAGUAGACCGAGGCUCCCUGCGAGCUCUACCUCAGAGGGCGAAAUGUCUCUCACAGAUACCACACUUCCUACUGGGAGGGGCACAGCAGAGGAGCUGGAGAGUUCAAGUGAAGAUCAACCUCUUCAGCCAAAAAGACGGAAAUCCUGCUGUGAACUCAGUGACCAACAGGAGGACUUCAGCAAGGAUAUGGACAUAAUGGCAGAGCUGACAAGCUUUCAGAGAAACACAGGUAUAGCACUGGGUGUGGAGAUGAACUGCUUUGCUCUGCCACACACAGACAGGCUGGUAGAGUUACUUGAAGAAGGCAAAGAAACACCGGAGGAUUCUGAUAAGAGCUCGUUCCUCAAGCUGCACGCCCUGGAGGUGGAGGUGUGUCCCUCUGUCACGCCGCCCGCGGACGACGGCACGCGGGCAGCCAGCCGGACUCCAUCACCCAGCGGGCAGUGGGACAAGAGGAGCCCCCAGGAGACAGACCCCGGGCCCGUCCCAGAUGGCGAGAGCUGUGAGGACCAGCCGUCCGCGGGGCCCAGCCGGUUUCUGUGCCACAUCGCCGACGGCGACAGCCCCCUCCCGUCGCCGCGGUGCUCCAGCCUCAGCCGGAGCCAGCGCUUCAACAGCGACCCCGAGGCCGCGCCCUCACCGCCCUCCUCCCAGCAGUUCAUCAUGUCUCGUGGUAUUGUGAGAACUGUGUCACCAGAGGGUGCCAAAGAGACAAUGUCAAUCACUCUGCUCUCCAAGCAUGUCCAGACCCUGAAGAGGAAACUCAGACGAUUUGAGGAGAGGUUUGAGCAGGAGAAGAAUUACAGACCAUCACACAACGACAAGACAGCCAACCCAGAGAUGCUCCAGCUGAUGAGUGAACUGGCAAAGUCCCGCAAGCAACUCAGAGACCUGAGGCUGAAGCAGUCAGUGGAGCAGCUGAGGCUUCAGAAGACAGAGGAGCACACAGAAAUCUGCAGGCACAGCAGCGAACUGCAGGACACCACAGAACAGAACCAGAAACCCUCCCUGGAGGACACUGUCGAGACCCUGCUGAAGAGACUGAGAGAGAAGCGGCAAGCGCUCGGCCUCCCGGACAACAUGAAGGAAAUGACCCAAAAACAGAUGGCGCUGGAGAAAAUCACCCUGCAGAAGUGCUUGCUGUACUUCGAGAGCCUGCACGGUCGGCCGGGCACCAGGCAGGAGAGGAGCCUGAUGAAGCCCCUGUAUGACAGAUACCGCACUGUCAAGCAGCUCCUGUGUGCAGAGUCCUCCAUCACCACCAUAGUGGAGGAAGGCUCUGAUGAAGACUGCGUGCAGCCGACGCCCACGCUGCCGUGCAGGGCGAUACAGCCGGUGUGCAGAGACGAGCUCCUGUGCCCGCAGGAAGAGGACAGCGACCCCGCCUUCGUGUCCCCACUGGAUGAGGUGAAAGCGGUCAGACAGCCCGCGGUAACCAUGUCCAACCUCCAUGCAGCGUCCAGGUCAGAGUUACUGGAGUGCCUUCGGGAGACUCGGGCAGAGAAGAGAAGACUGCGCAAGGCACUGAGAGAAUUCGAGGACCAGUUUUUCAGACAGAUGGGAAGAGCCGCACAAAAAGAUGACCGCAUUCCCAUGGCUGAAGAAUACCAGGAAUAUAAAAAUCUAAAAGCUAAACUCCGAUUACUAGAAGCUCUGCUAAGCAAACAGGAGACUCCAAAGAUUAUCUGAGAGAAAGGCUUUUCUU